ACGGGCUGGAGGAAGAAGGAGCCGCGUUUUGUUUUUGUUCAAACAAACCGUCGAAAAGGAGCCGAGCCGCGGUUCCAGCGGUCCGUUUGGGUUCGUUAAGAGCCUUAGCUCGGUGAUCAGAGCCGCGGGACCGGGUCCGAGGGCCGACACACCGCAGCAUUUGAUCCAGAACGGGAGGACUCGUCACCCUCUGACCCCCUCCCUGCCUCCCUCCCUCCCUCACACACCACCAUGACGAUUCUCCCGAAGAAGAAGCCCAGCUCCGGGGUCGGCGUCUCGGACCACGCCGAUGACAGCGACCGUCGGAGCGGCUCAGACCCGCACCAGCACCCGCACGCCGGGCGGACCGGAGCCCGGCCGAGGGCGUCCCCGCCGCCGUGGUCCUACCAGCCCGCUCCGCCCUCCGCAAGGGACGACAGGCGGAGCAUCGAGGCGAGCUCCCGGCCGCAGCAGGCCUCUCCGCCGCCCGUCGGCUCCGUGUCCCCGGUAGGACCGGGCGACGGGCGGGACAGCAGCGGCGGGAUGGUGGCGGGGUCCCGCGGGGAGCUCGUGGUGUCGGCCGGCGUCGUCGGCUGCGGCGGAGGCAUCGGCAGCUGCUGCUCCGGGCCCGGGCUGAGCAAGAGGCGGCGGCAGGCGGGCACCUGCUCCGGCGGGGUGGUGGCGGCUCUGGCCGGCGGAGGCCAGCCCGGGGGGACCGGACCGGGGUCCAGCCAGGACACGGAGGAAGGAGCCGGGAACAACAGCGAGGACGAGUACGAGAACGCGGCCCGGCUGCAGUCCGUGGACCCGGCGACCGUGGAGCAGCAGGAGCACUGGUUUGAAAAAGCUCUGCGGGAAAAGAAAGGCUUCGUCAUCAAGAAGAUGAAGGAGGACGGAGCGUGUCUGUUCAGAGCCGUGGCUGACCAGGUGUACGGAGACCAGGAUAUGCACGAAGUGGUCCGGAAACACUGUAUGGACUACCUGAUGAAGAACGCCGACUAUUUCUCCAACUACGUGACGGAGGACUUCACCACAUACAUCAACAGGAAGAGGAAAAACAACUGCCACGGGAACCACAUCGAGAUGCAGGCCAUGGCUGAGAUGUACAACAGGCCGGUGGAGGUGUACCAGUACGGCACAGAGCCAAUCAACACCUUCCACGGCAUCCACCAGAACAACGACGAGCCAAUCAGAGUGAGCUACCACCGCAACAUCCACUACAACUCUGUGGUGAACCCCAACAAGGCCACGAUCGGGGUCGGCCUAGGACUGCCCGCCUUCAAACCCGGGUACGCGGACCAGUCUCUGAUGAAGUCGGCCAUCAAGACCUCGGAGGAGUCGUGGAUCGAACAGCAGAUGUUGGAGGACAAGAAGAGAGCGACGGACUGGGAGGCCACCAACGAGGCCAUCGAGGAGCAGGUGGCCCGAGAGUCCUACCUGCAGUGGCUCCAGGACCAGGAGAAGCAGGCCAGACAGCCCCGUAAGGCGAGCGCCACCUGCAGCUCGGCGACGGCGGCGGCUUCCAGCGGGCCAGACGACUGGAGCGCCCGGUCGCCGCGGCAGCGCGACUCUGACCCCACCCACUCUGACCUCACGACCGCCCCGUCGACCAACAACAAGCCCCCCUCCCCUGCCGGAGCCGCCCUCAUCUUGAGCAAACCCCCCUCGCCCUGCGCGCCAGGUCCCAGUAAUCAGAGUCGUCAUCAUUUGGAGUACAGAGCCAUCAUGCAGGAGAUGUCGCCUACAGCCUUUGGUCUGACAGACUGGGAGGACGAUGAGAUCCUGGCGUCGGUGCUGGCCGUCUCUCAGCAGGAGUACCUGGACAACAUGAAACACCAGAGCGCCGCCAUGCAUCGAGAGCGAGAGCCGUCACCUGACAGCAGCUGAUAGCCGCCGGACACAUACACCAUGACCUUUGACCUACCCUUACCCCCCCCCCCCCCCCCCCCCCCCCCCCCCCCCCACAGAAGGAGAUCGACCAGGGAAAAAAUAAACCAUCAAACAAAGAAAUGCACACUUGUUUUUUUCUCCAGACGUUUCAGCUCAUCCGCUCAUCCUCCAUUCUGUCGUCUCCUGCUUCCUCCU